AUGACUUCUGAAAGUGACAUACCAAUGGAGUGGUGCACAAUACUUGAUUAUAACAAAGAUUCGGUUCAUCCUUUAUUUGAUAACAGUCAGAAGGAAGAAAUUUAUUUUACUAUCACAUAUCAAAGAGUUGAUUUAUAUCUUAAAAAGGAGUUUAUUAGGCUAUCAGAUGAGUUUAGAAAUCAGGUGAACGAUGCUCUAAAAAUGGCAGACCCACAUUCAGCAUUAUUAAAUGUAUUUUAUACUUUUGGCAAUUUCUUUGCUAAAAAAGUUACUCUUGGUCAUAAAUUAAUUAAACAUAUUGAUAAAGAUUGGUAUCAAUAUGUUAAAGAAAAAAAAUUUAACGAUUAUAUCGGAGUGGAUGAACUACAAAACUUGUUUAAGGAAAUGGAUUAUGAUGGUAAAGGUUUCUUAACAGUUAAUGGUGAAAUUAUUAAUCAGGAGAAUCUUAAUAGUUGGAUUGAAUCAUGUAAAGAUAAUUCUAAUCUUCAAAUCAUAAAUCGUGGUGAUUUAAUGGCAUUUUAUGAAAUCUUGGAAGAAUAUAUUCUUGAUGAGGUCAAAUCAAUUCUUGGAAUUCGUGAACAUCAAUAUUUGAAGCCGAGAGAAAUUUAUCAGGAACAUUUGAAAUUGCCAAAUGCUAGAUAUCAAGUAAUAAUGACUGGUUGUGAGAAGAUACAAUCAUCAGUAGUAUACCACCGUAUUACAUUCCAAAAAAGAUUAGAAAAUCCAGAUGUGAUCAGUUAUAGAAAUCCAUAUGUUCAAAAUUAUUUUGUUGCAAAAGUUGGUACUAAAAUAUUUAAUAACAAAGAUCUUGAAAGCUUAAACAUUGAAUUGCCUCAACCACUUAAAAAUGUGAAAAAUGCAAGAUUCGCCUGUACAUUUUACUAUUCAUCUGAUGAUGGCCCAUCAUUUACAGCUUGCAUAGAAUCUAUUGAUGCAAAAGGGAUCCGAUUACAUAUAAAGAACCUUAAUAACAAAACUCAAACACAUUUAACAACUUUUGAUGAAUUUAAAAUGCACUGGUGUAUUUAUUUUAUUCCGAUUAAGAAAAUUAUCAUUGGACAAUUCAUACCUGCGAACCAAUCUUCAGAUAAGAUGCCAAAAUUUUUAAGAACAAAAUCUUCAAAACAAGUGCCUGGCCUAAGAACCGAAGUCAUACUUCCUUGGUUUGAUGCAUUAAAUAUAAUACUUGAAAAGAUUUCAAAAACGUAUGAAGAAGCCGAAUAUAAUCGAAAGACUUGUCGUGUCUUAACUGAUCGUGCUGAUGAUGUUUUGACCGCAGUUAAAAUAUUAUUUCGGAGAAGAGAUGAAGAAGAGGAUAAAUUUCUCGAUGAUUAUUAUGUCAAAUCAUUUAUAAAAAUUCACAGAGUUUUAAGAGAUAUAAAAGAAUUUAUCAGUAAUAUUUCUCAACUUAAAGGCCUUUCUAAAUUUGUAUCUGCUGAAGAUAUAAGGAAAAGAUGUAUAGUUCUCAUGAAUGAAUUGGAAUCAACUUGUCUUGAUCUAGAUUUAAACACCACAAUAUCGGUAGAGGACAAACGCCUUGUACAAAAAAGUCUAAUGGAAGACGUAGAAACAUUGACUGAGUUUCUCGAAACGAUUAAAGGUGGUGUUAUACAAGAUGAUAUAAAAGAUAUACGUUACAAAAAAGAAGUGGUGAUACCUAGAACAUCUAAAAUGCCUAGUAAAGUUUUUGAUGAAGUUGCAGAAAUAAAAAAGAAAAUGGAAAAAAAAGAGAUUAUGUUAAAUGCGCCCCUAAUUAAUCCAGAUUCGUUGCAGGAAGAUAAAGGAUGGAUACAAAAAGAUGAAUGCAGGAUAUUCAAACGGCUAUUAAACGGAAAAAUUGAAGUUGCUUGCAAGCCUUUAUUCUACUAUGGUAUUUUAUCCCUGGAUGGAAAAUAUGUAGAGAAAGAUGAGAAUAUAGGAAUACAGUGUUUAGAGUUGGCUACUGCAAAAGGUCAAAAACAAGCAAUUGAUGAACUUAAAAAAC